AUGAGGAAAGAGAUGGACGAACUGAGGAGCGCUAUCAAAGAGAAGACAGACCGGAGCGUAGACAAAAUGAUAAGGGCUACAGAUUCGCCUUUCACUGCAGCGGUACUUGAUUGCCCCGUGCCGUCAAAGUUUCGCCUGCCUCAAUUAGAGCCAUUCGACGGACUCAAGGACCCUCAGGAUCAUCUCAAUACCUUUAAGACGACUCUGGGUCUUCAGCAACCACCUGACGAGAUAUUGUGUCGUUCCUUCCCUACGACUCUCAAAGGAGCUGCAAGAGAAUGGUUUACUAAGUUACCAAACUCGUCCAUAGACAAUUUCGAUCAGCUGAGUAGUGCCUUCUUGCGCCACUUCAUAAGGGGACAACGCCCAAGGAGGCCAGUAGAUUACUUACUCACCAUAAGACAGGGAGAGAAGGAGACUCUGAGGUCAUAUGUCAAGCGAUUCACCCGGGAAACUCUGGAAGUAAACGAAGCUGAUGACAAGGUGCAGCUGACGACCUUCAAAGCAGGGUUGAGAUCCAGAGACCUCGUGGCCUCUCUUGCAAAAAACCCCCCGAAGACGAUGGCUGAGAUGCUCCUGAAGGCACAAAAGUACAUGAACGCGGAAGAUGCUCUAGCUGCCAUAAAAGAUACUGAGAGGCCAAGAGACAAGUCCAAAAGGGAAGACGACCGUAGAGGGCAAAAGAGAGACAGACGAGAACGUCGGAACAAUGACGGGAAUAGAAGGAAGGACGACAAAAAUCCUCGAACGGGAGUGCUAUCAAGCCGUACUGGCAAGAAAGGAGAACCACAUGUGGACGAUCGAAGAAAAAGAGGAAGACGAGAUGGAGACCCUGGAAGCAGUGGAAUUGGUAGAAGGAAAUGCGGGCAAGACGACCAGGAUAGGGACGACGCUAAGCCCUGA